UCUUCCUAGAAGAAGACAUAUCACCUACUGCGCAUGAGUGUCAGAUUCAACAUGUCUGCUCCCAAUAGCAAGGUGGUAAAGAAGCAAUGUUUUUAGAAGAAGUGUCAGUAACCAUUUUCAGUGCAAGAUUUUGAAAACGUCUGAGUGGAACCUGUAUCUUUACAGCUAACCCGAUGUAUCGGAAACUAGAAAGAUCCAAACGGAUUCCUUCAAGUUGAGUAUUUUCUGAAAUGCUUCUGUUAGUCUUGAAAGUUGGAUUCAAGCCCUUAGUAUCAGGGGUUUAGAUUGCACUCCUUUUAUUUCACAGUCGUGUGAAAUUUCAAAGUACAUCUUCUUAGUUCAGAUGUGGUAGGCAUCUACCACGAAACGACGUAAUCAGUUUAGAUACCUCUGUUGACAUAACACAUGCAAAGCAAUGUAUCUUUUGCUGGAAACGAGAUUACACACAAAGUGCAUUUUGAAUGACAUUUGGCCAAAUGUUUCCCCCCGACUAGAGAAGAGCCAAUAAAGCCGAGUCAUAUCGGGAUCUUUUCCAUCUGUCAAAAUCUGCUAAUGAUGGCUUACAGAAGAGCCUUCAGCAUUCUUCCAAAAGGAAAAGACUGUAUUUUGGGUCCGUGGAAACCUCAAAUACAAAGGUUACCAAGUUUAAUCGGCCAAGAACACUUCAAUAACCACUGUGGCAAAGCUACGAGAGCUCUCCACACUGGUACAACACUGAUGGUGGCCAAGCUACUGUCGGUGGAGGAGCUUUUUGCCAAGAAGUCUCUGCAGGAAUACCUGAAGAAGAUGGAGGUGGAGUACAAUGGAUGUUUGAGAGAAAUCAACAGCACUGUGACAGACCAGCAGUGUAGUCAGGAUGAUCUGAGGACCAAGAGGAACAAAGUGUCCCUGCUGACUCCUCUCAUCCAGAGUAUCAAAGUGCUGGAAACCAAACAGAAAGAGAUGGCUGAGACUGAGGUACUGCUGAAAGAUGAAGAUCCAGCCUUGAGAGAACUGGCAGAGCUGGAAAGAGAAAGCUGUUUGCAAGAUAUUGAAGAUCUUAGCCAAAAGGUCUUGGAUCUUUUGAUCCCUGAAGAGGAGGCAGAUCUGAGCGACCUUGUGUUGGAGCUUACAGCUGGUGUUGGGGGUCAAGAGGCCAUGCUAUUCACUGCAGAGGUGCUUGACAUGUACCAGGGCUACGCUCAGCACAACGGCUGGUCCUUUGACAUCCUGGAGCACAUGACCAGUGAAUUAGGUGGACUUCGGCAUGCCUCGGUCAGUAUCAGCGGCCCUCAGAGCUACAAGAGGAUGAAGUUUGAGGCGGGAGUACAUCGAGUUCAGAGGGUUCCCAGGACUGAGAAACAGGGCCGAAUGCACACCAGCACCAUGACUGUGGCUGUGCUGCCUCAACCCACCGAGAUCUCUUUCACAAUAAACCCCAAGGACCUGAGGAUAGACACAAUGAGAGCGAGUGGAGCUGGAGGUCAACAUGUCAACACCACAGACAGUGCAGUCAGGAUAGUCCACCUGCCCACAGGCGUGGUUGCAGAGUGCCAGCAGGAACGAUCCCAGCUAAAGAACAAGGAGAAAGCCAUGAAGGCUCUGAGAGCAAAACUGUACGGCAUUAAGUUAGAGGAGGUGACCAGCAAACGCUACAAUCAGCGUAAAAUACAGAUUGGCACGAAAGGGAGAUCAGAGAAGAUUCGAACGUAUAACUUUGCCCAGGAUCGUAUAACUGAUCACCGGAUCGGUAUGACAGUGCACGACAUCAAGAACUUUCUGCUGGGAGAGGAUCUGCUGGAUGAGAUGAACUGCUCACUGCAGGAGUUCUCCAACCAGGAGACGUUGAUGGAACUGUUGGAAGAAAACAACCUGGGUAGCUCAUAGGCUUGGCUCUCAGGAGCAUGGAUUCUGAUGGGAUGGGAACUUCUGACAGUAUGUGUGUUGUGGGUUAGUUACUCAUUUAAAACCAGUACUGUGUCUGUUUUCAAACCUUCAAGAGCUGAACCAAAAGAAUGGGUGGACACUAAAACAUGACACUUGCAUGUGGUUGUAAAACAUCUCAGUUCAAAACACAAAAUGCAUUCUACAAGCGGGACAAUGAUGCUUUAUUGCAUUUGGUGUUCCAGUGGGUCCUCAAGGACUAAGUGCAAGCAGGGCCCUGCACUGGCCAGUAAAAAUUUUCCACACAAAACUGGAAAAACCUUUUCUGUAUCAACUGGUUUUGGGUCUUUUGUGAUUAUUUUAAGUUAAUAUAAAAGUAAAAACUGUCAUAUUUAAA